AUGGUGCAGGUCGAGUUAGAAGCUUUACCUACUACGCGUCCUAAAAAAGAUUGUGAGGCCGCAAUAACAGACCUCGAUUUCAUCUUUUCACUUGACAUCAAAGAUUCGAGAUCAGUUAAAAACAGGUUGCCAGCUGAGUUGUCCCUGGGUCAGUUAAGGGCAGUUACUCAAGUGGCAGUUAAUAUUUUCGCGGCAAAUCAUGAAAUAUGUAGCAAGAAAGUUCAGGAAUAUUUGUCCACACAUCCCGAAUACAAAGAAGAGUUUACCAAUUCUAUCCGGGACAUGAUGAAGGAAUUAUUGUCAAUGGUCCCUCAGGAGCAGAGCAAUGGAAAUUCCGAGAAGAAGGAAUCUCCUCUUUUGGCUUCUCAAGAGGCACUUGAAUUAACUCGAAAACUAUCAUCAAGUCUAGAAUCUUUAAUUGAUAAAACUUUGGACGGAUCGCAUCAAUCCAAUGUUACAUCCGCAACCAUUAGAGACAAGGAGGGUUUAUUGUUUCAUGAUAGAGCAGUCGAUUUGAACUGUGUAACUUCCGGUUCAGAUAAAAAAAAAAGGAAAAAGUUUUCAUCUGUAGAAAAGAACAAUCAUUAUUCGGAUAUGGGAAAAAAACAGCGAAUCAACAUGUUAACAGGCGAUCCUCGUACAAUAAACUUUGAAACUUAUUUUGAUAGUUUAAGAGAGGAAAUGGAUUCAAUGAUAUCCAUGGAUCAAAGGAUGUCUAUGAAAUCUGAUUCUUUGAAAAAUCUUGAAGCCUCCUUGCACUGGCCGGUCACAGACAGUUAUAUUUUAUCUAAACGUUUCCAAGCCUUUCGUGAACGAAUGCACCUUCCAGAUCCGUUGCCCAUCGCACAUCCGGUUAUCCAUGAGAUUGCAUGUUGUGGGUAUAAGAAAAAUAAACAUGAUUGGAAAAGAUAUGAAUGGAUUGGUGAUCGAUUCUUGUUGGUUGCAAUUUCAUGGCACGGUGUGACUCGAUAUCCCGAUUGCCACUUAUUGAAUCAUGUGAUUAACUUCAUGGUAAGCAAUCGGGUGUUUAUACCCUUUUGUUUGAUGUUGGGGUUACAUGAAAGCAACGGUAUUUCAAAAGGAUGCAAUCAAAAAGAAUAUGCAAAUGCAUUUGAAGCCUACUUUUGUGGAUUAUACUUGGAAUACGGUGAAAAGACUGCUAGAGAGUAUGCGUCCAAGUUGUUGGGUGGAUUGUUUCAUAACAUUGUUUUGUAUAUCAAUGAUUAUAAAAGUAGUGGGGGAGAUGAGUCUGUCAUUUGGAAAGACUUUGAUUUAGUUCUUCAAGCAUACUUUGGAAUCGACGUAAAUUGUUAA